UGCAGGAAGACAAAAUAACCGCAGUCUUAUACAGUAGCAAAUAGAACAUUGAGCUCGAUGAUUUUGGAGAAGACAAUAUACGAAAUAAAGAAGACAUUUUUUACGUGAACGCAGAAUCAGCGUAGCAAAGUGCUUUGGGAAAAUAAGAGCAAAAGGAAAAAAGACGUGUUGUUGCUAAUCUUCCGAUUUCCCUGGAACAUUUGGGAUCCUCCAGGGAUGUCUCUUCUGUUUUCCAAAGUAGUUGCAAGUUCACCGAUAAGGAAGAGACCAUUUACUGACCAGACAUGCCAUAGCCUGAGCCUGUCCCCGCUGUCCUCUGACUGCUCCUAUGAGUGCUACUCAGUCAACCCCCUGACUGGGUCCCCCUGCAAGUGCCGAAGGAGUCCCCGGCUUCUGUCCAACGGCUACUAUGUCCUGACAGAGGACAGCUUUGUGUGCGACGAUGAGGGAAACCUCUCUCUCACCCCUUCCAAAACCAACGUCUCCUAUAAAGAGAACCUGGUCAGAAUUUUUCGGCGCAGGAGGAAGUCCCACAGGUCCCUGGCGAGUCUUUUUAACCUGAGCGAGUCCUGUGGUUCCUGGCUAGACAGCAGCAUUUUUGGGGAUGUGCAUUCCCCACUGGCAGAAUCCUCCUGGAUUGAGAGAAACUCCGACUUGAACAGCAGCUCCGCCUAUGAUGACAGCGUGCUUCCAGGUAACAAAGCCUGGCCAGUUGAAGACCAGCCUUCAGAGCUUCACACCGAGGCCUGUUUCUCUCAUGAACAGUUCAGACAGUCCCUGGGAGGUUUCCUGGACCUUUCUGCUUCACCCCCAUUUGCUCCCAGAGAGUGCUACUAUAAGAAGACCAAGCAAUCAGAUUCUACUAUUUCAAGAGUCAUCUUUCUCCUUAUCCUCGCUGUGUGCUUCUGUGUAACAGUAUUUUCCAGGUGGUUGUUGGCCGUACUAGUAAUUGCAUCGGUUACCUCCAUGCUGAUUUUCACUUCAUUCUUUCUUACAAAAUCUUCCUUUGGAAAACCUGUACGACCAUGGAAUACAAAAACAGAAGAUAUCACAUCAAGAAAUGAAUAGACAAAAUUAAAAAUGGCCUUAAAGGUGUUUUUCUAAAUAUGUGCUAUCUGAUGAGUGAAGGCCUUCCUUUCUACAGAGUUACAAAACUUAUCUUAAUAUGGUUAAUUUGGUUUAUACUGUGCAAAAGCUAAAAAAGUUAUUUUCUACUUUCUCUUGUACUAUUUACAGAACAAAUAUGUAAAAUUAGCCCAGCACAGAAGGUGUCAGAUGUUAGCCAAUGUUUUCCUUGUGGUUGAAAGCAGUAAUCUAAUUACUGAAAAUUAAGGAAAUUAGAUCAUUUUGAGCAUGAUUGUAAAGAAUUUUAUUUUUAUAAAGGAGAGACCGAAAAGUUGAUCAUAUAAAAUGCUAUUAAGUAACUGAAUCUUUAUAUUUAUGGAACUAGUGAACAGUUGAGGUUCCUCCUUAAUUUAUUUUUCUAUAGAAAAACAAUACAAUAAUUGAAAGCACAACAUUAUUCUAUUCAUUCUAAGUACAGAAUCUAUGUCCUAAAAAAAAUAAUUUUGGCAGUAUUGCUCUGAAUUCAGAACUAAGUGAUGGCUACUGUUUGACCCAGAAAUCAAAGUAAUGGGCAGCAGUUGAGUAGUAGUUAGAUUCUUAGACUCAUAACUGUAAGGUUGUGGGUUCGAAUACCAGGUAAGGAACUGCUGAAUUUUGCUUGAGCACAUCAAUUGGCCCAGAUUGGUAUAUCGCUUAAAAGCCUUGCUCUGUGAAUGGGUACCUACUGUAUGAGUCGAUUUGGAAAAAAAGGUCAUCCCAGUAAAUCGAUGAUGAUAAUUAUCCUGUUCAGGCUUUAUUUGAAUCGAAAAUGUUUAUUUUCACUUGGAUAAAUACAGUAUCUACUGUAGAUAUUGAAAUGGUGUAUCUGUCAUUUUGA